AUGGAAGACUUCGACCAAGACGGCCCUCGCAAGAGACGCCGUCUAAGUGAUGAUGGGCAGAUUGAAUCUUCGCCAACCGUUAGAACAUUAGAAAGACCAGUUUCUCCACCUCCAUUGCGCCGCGCAUUGAAAACUCGGAAGGAUGUUCCGUCUCCAUUUCAACUCACUAGAAUUCACGACCUACCGGAAUCUUCCAAUCUAAGUACAGUGUCCCUGCGAGACAUUCUUGGGGACCCUAUGAUUGCAGAGUGCUGGGAAUUCAACUAUCUGCAUGAUCUUGACUUCCUAAUGGAUGCCUUUGAUCCGGAUGUGAAAGAUCUUGUCAAAGUCAAUGUCGUGCAUGGGUUCUGGAAAUCAGAAAACCCAUCUCGCCAGAGGCUAAAGCUACAAGCCGAGAAAUACGCGAAUGUGAAACUCCACACUGCCUACAUGCCAGAGAUGUUUGGUACGCAUCACUCAAAAAUGAUCAUUGUCAUUAGGCAUGACGAUAUGGCACAAGUUAUUAUUCAUACUGCCAAUAUGAUCGAAUUUGAUUGGAAAAACAUGACCCAGGCUGUAUGGAGGUCUCCGCUUCUUCCCAAAGCGUCUAGUGGUUCAUUGACUAACGCUACGAUGCUCAAUUUGGAGAUGGGAAGUGGCCAGAAGUUCAAGCAAGACCUUCUCAACUAUUUGAGAGCUUACGACACACGGAGAACUAUCUGUGGAUCGCUGGUACAGGAAUUGUCAAAAUACGAUUUUUCUCAAGUUCAUGGUGCACUAAUAGCCAGCGUUCCCGGUAGACACGGAAAUGAUAUGAAUUCUGGAACGUUAUGGGGCUGGCCUGCAUUGAAACAAGCGUUGACUGCUGUCUCAGUAAAUGAAGGUUCCGGAGAAAUCGUUGUACAGAUCUCUUCAAUCGCAACUCUAGGCCCUACGGACAAGUGGCUAAACAUGUUUUUCAAGGCAUUACAGGCCUCGAAGAAAAAGGAAAUUAAUGACAUCAAAUUCAGCAUAAUAUUUCCUACCGCCGAAGAGAUCAGAAGAAGUCUCAACGGGUAUGGCUCGGGUAGUGCUAUCCAUACGAAGACUCAAUCAGAUGCGCAGGUCAAACAGCUGAGGUAUCUCCGGCCAAUUUUGUCACAUUGGGCUGGAGACGUGAACAGCAGUUAUCAAGAAUCUUCCGCCCUUAAUGACGCAGGCCGAAGAAGAGCAGCUCCUCAUAUCAAAACUUACAUACGAUUUGGAGAUAGCCAAUGCUCGUCAAUUGACUGGAUGCUUGUGACUUCUGCCAAUUUAUCGAAACAAGCAUGGGGCGAAGCAAUGAAUGUUGGUGGCGAUGUACGAAUAUGUAGCUACGAGAUUGGCGUCCUUGUGUGGCCAGAGCUUUACGGUGACGGUGCUGUUAUGAUACCCACAUUCAAAACAGAUCUCCCAGGGAGUGUAAAAAGCGAUGCCGCUGUUGUGGUUGGAGCCAGAAUGCCGUACGACAUACCGCUGCAGCCGUAUUCAAAAGACGACAUUCCCUGGUGUGCUACUGCUACGUAUACAGAACAAGACUGGAAAGGAGAAACAUGGGGAAACGAUUGA